AUGCUCUUUGAGCGCGGCGCAGGCCGUCGCUGCUACGUUGUCCUGAUGCGUGUCGAUGCGGACGAGUUCCUGUCGCGCCUCGAGAAGCUAUUUUCCGAGACAAAGGACAAGCACUCUGUGUUUGUCACGGUGAAGCGAUGUGUGCGUGCUGGUGCCGACGGCGUAGCGUCCGCACACCCUGACGGUGCGUCUGGUGCUGCGCCUGCAAGCGUUCUCUUCCGCGCGACCGAUGGAAAGAGCACGGGGCGCACAAAGAUCAGCACGGUGGUGGCGCCGGAUCACAUGCUGGCCUUCCGUGAUGCAUACGGCGCGCUCGUGCGUGCACAGCUGGCCGAGGCGCUCAAGAAACGUGACAAGGCCAAGGAGCGGCGGGUAGACAAACUGCUCCUUGCGUCGCGCAAAAAGCUCGAGGAGAACGGUGGUCGCGUCCUGAUACGCGGCGCAAGUACGUGGUACCUACUUAUGGCAGAGCGUGGCGCAGGUCGCCGGCAACGCAUGCGCGCUCGCCAGCGCGCCCAAAAGUUGCGCGUACAGCGCUAUGCGCAGGCGGCACCGUAG